UGCUCCAUAUUCCUGCUUACAGUUUAUUCCGGAGGUAGUUUCAACUUCAACUUGAUAUCAAUACGCCCGUAAAUCUUCUGCUUUCACCUCAUACGAAGAGUUCUUCUGAACCAUGGCACAAGAUUAUCAUAAAAGUUAAUUUGAUGGAUCAAUGCGCUGACCAUGGAUGAACGUGGUUGAUACCGUCGUUUAGCUCAGUUGCCGUAGUGCAAUGCUAACUAGCCUUAGGCAUUCGGGUCCUUCUUUCUCUCGCCUGGCUGUUUAGUAUAUAUGUACGGGCUGUUUCCCUUCAGGGCUGGUAAAACAACCCCAGACGCAACAUGAUGUUGCCCGUCCCCCCAGGCUAUCCCAUAGAAAAAUUGACUGGUCCUAUGAUCGUCGCCGCCCUCUUGCAUUGGGGACUCUUUGGGACUCUUUCUGUGCAGCUUUAUCUGUACUAUCUGGCAUUUCCAAAUGACAGAAAUUUCACGAAAUAUCUCGUCUAUGGCAUCUACAUUGUCGAGUUUGUUCAGACGAUGUUCGUCACCCACGACGCCUUUGCAGAGUUCGGUUACGGCUUUGGGGAUAUCGUAGCCCUCACUGACGUGCAUUUUAAUUGGUUCGCUGUCCCUAUCAUGAGCGGUGUUGUUGCUUGUGUCGGCCAGGUUUUCUAUGCGUACCGAAUCUUCAUAUUGUCAAAGUCUCAAAUUGUCCCUAUAUUUGUCAUCUGUCUAUCCUUGACCAGCUCUGUGGCAGCUAUAAUCACAGGCGCCUACUCUUUCGAAGCAGGUAACAUUAUUGAACUUAAUAAGAGGAAGUUUGACAUUGCGGCCGGGAUUUGGUGCAGUGCAUCUGCCCUAUGUGAUAUCGUCAUCGCUAUCUGUAUGGCGUACUACCUCAUGCGUAGCAGUACCGAUUUCCGUCGCACACAAAUCUUGCUCACAAAGCUAAUUCGUCUCACUAUUGAGACGGGAUCCGUGACAGCUGCUGUCGCUCUGGUCGCCGUGACCCUCUUUUUUGUGUUCCCUCAUCAGACGUUCUACACCACACCCGCCCUGCUCAUACCCAAGCUGUAUGCUAACACCGUCUUCAUGGUGCUGAAUUUGCGAAUGAGGAUUAUGGGUGGACGGGAUACUUAUACGUCUUCAACUGAUAUGAGCAUCCCGACAACUAUCUUACGGGAUACCAGUUCCCAGUCAACACAAGACACACCGCAGACGGAAGGACAGGCAUCAGUUGUCGCGAUAUCUAAGGAGGUAUCCAGCAAUGGUUGUGAAAUGGGUUAAAUGUAUGGCAAACCACAGGAUCAAAGCAUCGGCCACACGUAACAAUCAGAGUACAUCGUUUGAGUAAAAACCAUGCUGGA